UAAAUUGGUGUAAGGUCGCAAUAUUUGUACCGGAUUGUAUUUUUUACAGUUUCUUUGAAGUAGUAUGGUUCUACUGUGUCGCCACGCGAUUCUAUCAAUCUUUCAUUUUCGCUUUGCUAUAUUGUUUUUUAAUUUUAUACUUUAGAUUUUCUAUUUUUUCAUUGAAUAAUGGGGAAAUUGUCCGAAAAUACACAAGCUGAAGAAGUACCAGAAAACGGUGCAAAUCUUGAGAUCAUGAAAGAACCUGUGACAGAAAAAGAGGAAUAUUUAUCUCUUUGUCAACUUGUCAAUCCAAUUUCACAACCUCUCGCGUCUAGAAAAUUGGCUAAAAAACUUUAUAAGUUGGUGAAGAAAUCAGCUAAAGAAAAGGGAUCUUUACGGCAUGGUCUUUCUGAUGUUAUGAAGGCUAUUAGAAAGAAUGAGAAGGGUAUACUUAUACUUGCAGGAAAUGUUUCGCCAAUUGAUGUAUACAGUCACGUUCCAGCACUCUGUGAGGAAAAGGAAAUUCCGUAUGUUUUUACACCUUCCAGAGAGCAUUUGGGACUCUGUGCAGGCAAUUUUAAUUUUUAA